GUUUGAACUUCACUUCCUCUGCCAUGUCAACGGGCUGGCGAGGAGAUGCAGAGAAGAAAAAGCAAAAUUCCAGCACUCUCCCUCCUCCUCUCCACCCUGGACGAGUUUGGAGAGGAGGAGCUGAAACGGUUUAAGCUGUACCUGAGCCAGCCACUGCUGGAAGGCCUCCCGCACAUUCCCAGGAGCCAGCUGGAGCGUAGGAACGUCACAGACGUGUCUGAAAAGAUGAUUCAUUACCACGGUGCCGACGGGGCUCUGAAGAUCACGCUCCACAUUCUGAGGAAGAUCAAUCGCAAUGACCUCGUCGAGACGCUGAGCAGAGUAACAAGACGGAGUCCAGACCCCUCUCCACGCUGUCCACUACUGACCAGCCUUGCUCCAAACUCUCCAAUAUCUCCAAAACAAUCGUCUCCAAAGACAAUGAGCAGGAAGGAUCCAGCCCCACCUCUGUCCUCUGAAGUACUGACCAGAGAAGAUCCAGACCUACCUCUUUCCUCUGCAUUAUUGAUCGGAGCAGAUCCAGACCCAACUCUGUCCACUACAGUACUGACAAGAGAGGAUCCAGAUUUGCCUCUUUCCUCUGUGGGACUGCCCAGAGAGGAUCCAGAUCUGCCUCUACCCUCUGUGGAACUGACCAGAGAAGAUCCAGAUCUGCCUCUACCCUCUGUGGAACUGACCAGAGAGGAUCCAGAUCUGCCUCUACCCUCUGUGGAACUGACCAGAGAGGAUCCAGAUCUGCCUCUACCCUCUGUGGAACUGACCAGAGAGGAUCCAGACAAGAUUCUGUCCCCUGCAGUUCUGCCAAAAGAGGAUCCAGAUAGACCUCUAUCCUCUGCAGUAGAGACCACAGAAGGUCAAGACCCGCAUUCAUCCUCUGCACUACUGAUUGGUGAAGAUCCAGAGAUUAAGACACACAAUCCCUCAGGGGAGACACCUGCAACCAGAGAGUUCGAUGAUGGGAGUGUCAGGAGGAAGAAGACAGGUGACUUAGGGGUCUUACAGGAAGGGGUGGAGUCACAAGCAGUCAGGUCAAACAGCCCAUCAGAGAGGACUGAGUCACUCCUGCAAACUCUGAAGACUUUGGAAAAAGAUGAUUUUAAAUAUUUUAUGAAGGGGCUGAGUCGUGAUUACCAAGAAUGCUUUAAAAGUCAGCUGGAUGACGAUGAUGCAGUGGAAUUGAUUGACAAAAUUAUCAAAAGCUCCAGUGAAGAUGGUGCUCUGAAGAUCAAGCUACACAUCCUUGAGACCAUGAACCACAUCCAUCUUAUUGAUUCAUUUGAGAAACCAUCUGAGGGAGAUUUCCCCCCUUCCAAUUCCAAACUUCUUUUUUUGGAGAAGCACAAGAGAUGUGUGAUGAAACACAGAUAUCCUCAGUGCCUGAAAUCCUGAUAAACCUCAUCAAGGGGAAUCUGCUUCCUUCCGCUCUCCUCUGGAUCACAUCCCGACCUGAAGCAGCUCAUCAAAUCCCUCCUGAUUUCAUCCACCGGGUGACAGAGAUACAUGGGUUCAGUGAGUCACAGAAGGAAGAAUACUUCAAAAAGAGAUUCGCUGACGAUGAAAAUCAGGCCUGUGAAAUUCUGUCCUCCUUGAAGUCAUCAAGGAGCCUUUACAGCAUGUGCCACGUACCAGUCUUCUGCUGGAUAACAGCUACUGUCCUUGAGCAAAUGUUAAGGGAAGCAGGUAGCAGAGAAAUCCCUAAGAGUUUGACUGAAAUGUACACACAGUUUCUUCUCAUCCAGAUCAAUCCCACUACUGAAACACAUUGUGAUAAGCGUGAAAACAAGGCAAAGCGACAAAUCAAAUCAAACAUAAAAUCCAUUCUGCAACUGGGGAAGCUGGCUUUUCAACACCUGGAGAUGAGAGAGGUCAUCAUCGAUAAAAAUGGUUUGCGAACGUGUGACACUGACAUCAGCCAAGACUCAGUGUACUCUGCCUUGUGCAAAGAUAUGUUGCAAGGGCACUCAGGGAUCGCUCAAGGGAAAGUGUAUAGCUUCAUUCAUCCAAGUCUCCAGGAUUUUCUUGCUGCAUUGUAUGUGAUCUUUUCUUACUCAAACGAUAAAAGAAAUCUCCUGGAUCAGACCCUUAUGGGUAAAGUCUCUCAGUUGUUCAAAGGCGUGACUCUGUUUGACGUGCACAAAAGCGCAGUGAACAGGGCCCUGAAAAGGAAAGACAAACACCUGGACCUCUUCCUCCGCUUCCUCCUUGGCAUCUCAUCAUAUUCCAAUGGCACGCCUCUCCGAGGCCUGUUGAGGUUCCCCGAGCUCGGCUCAGAGAGCAUCGAUGACACAGUCAGAUACAUUACCAGAGCGAUAAAGAAGAGUCUGUCCCCAGAGGGCAGAGCCGGUCUGCUCCAGUGUCUGAUCGAGAUGAAAAACUGCUCUCUCGCGGGAGAAGCCAAAGGUCACCAGGGGGCAAGAGAUCAGAAAGGACAGGAGCUGGCACCGGCCUCCAUGCACCUGCUGGGCGAGUUCGACCUGAGGAGGUACAUCAGAUCGGACGAGGAGCUUCUGACGUUCCUGGGGAUGGUCCAGUGCACCAGGAGGGCUCUGUUACACCAGUGUAACCUUACGGAAAAAUGCUGUAAAGCUUUGGCCGCUGCUAUGAGUUCAGAACUGAGAGAGCUGGACCUGAGUGACAAUGACCUAGAGGACACAGGAGUGAUACUUCUCUCCACUGGGCUGGGAGAUAACUGCUGUGAACUGGAGAUACUGAGUCUGAAAAGGUGUAAACUCACCGACAAGUGCUGUGAAGCACUGGCCUCGGCUCUCAUCUCAAACCCCUCACACCUGAGAGAGCUGCACCUGAGCGGCAACGACCUGCUGGACUCGGGGGUCACGCUGCUGUCUGCUGGACUGGGGAAUCCACACUGUAAACUGGAGACACUGGGGUCAGUACUGAGGGGGAAUCCACACUGUAAACUGGAGACACUGGGAGCUGACAGAGUACAGACCUCUGGUUUCCUUCCUCUCCGCAGGCUGUCAGGGUGUCGAGUCACAGAGGCAGGCUGUGCUUCUCUGGCUUCAGCUCUGCGUUCAAACCCCUCACACCUGAGAGAGCUGGAUCUGAGCUACAACCACCCAGGGGACUCAGGAGUGAGAGCGCUCUCUGCUGGAGUGGAGGACCCCAGCUUUAAACUGGAGAGACUGAUUGUGGAUUAUGCUGGAGAGUGCAGGGUCAGCUCAGGGUUGUGGAAAUACGCCUGUGAGCUCACGCUGGACCCCAACACAGCGCACAGAAAGCUGGCUCUGUCUGAGGGGAGCAGGAGGGUGACGCUGACAAAGGAGCAGGCACAUCCAGAUCACCCUGGCAGAUUCGAGGCACUGACACAAGUGCUGUGCAGAGAGGGCCUGUCUGGGAGCUGCUGUUACUGGGAGGUUGAAUGGAGUGGGACGAAGGCUGUGGUGGGGGCAGCGUACAAUGGCAUCGAGAGGAAAACAGGGUCUGAGGACGCUCGUCUCGGGCGCAACAGCAAGUCCUGGAGCGUGGUAUGGUCCCCUGAUAAAUGCUUCGCCUGGCACAAAAACAAACACACCAAGAUAAAUUUUCUGGGGUCCCUCUUCUCCCGCAGAAUGGGGGUGUACCUGGACUGGCCGGCCGGCACCCUCUCUUUUUUCAGCGUCCUUUCACAUGGGAAGACCCACCUGCACACGUUCCGCACCACGUUCACCGAGCCCCUCUACCCUGGUUUUAGGGUUUACUCAGGCUCUGUGACCCUGUCCCCCGUUCCAUAGCCGUACUCCCUGGAGGACCAGUCAGGACUCUUCAAACGGAAAUCACAUUUCGUGGCAGGGUUGGGGAGAGAGAGACCAGGAGGUGAAGAAGGAUUCAGAUGAGUUCCAAUCAGCACUUGAAGUUACAUGCAGAGUACCAUUCAAAAUAUUGG